GGCCUUCCUGCCCCGCACCUGCCCGCACGCUCCCGGGGCCCGCAGGUGCGGAAGACCACGAAAUUCCACGCCCCGCGGAGAGAAGAACCACCAGCUCCCUAGACAAGAAAGGGAGGCGCGGUCAGGCAGCGCUCCCGGACAGAUGUGGCAGAUUGCCUUUUUAGGCGAGAAAGAUGGAGGUUAUUCACGGCAGACCCUACUGUUGCAGGGAGCUUGAAGGAGCUGACAUUCUGUCAAACACCUUUUACUCUAAUGGACUGCACACCCCUUAUGAAACAACUAUUCGACCAACCGCUUCAGAAGACAGGUAUCAGGAGUUGAGGCAGGCACUGCCACAAUGCAGGCUUCGGUGGGGUGCCGACCGGGAAUAUGGUGGCAUGCUUCCUGUUUCCCUUCCCGAAGAACACAGGCCAAAAUGUGAGCCUCCUCGCCUCAUGAGCAAAGGACAUCAGCAUUAUGGAUUUGGUGGAGAGAUCUGGCCCAAAAAGCUCCCUAUUGAACAGUAUUACUAUUUGACACAGAAUAAGAAGAGUGACCUGUAUGGAAACGACUCUUUGUUACCCAAACCACCUAAUUCAACAGUAGGAGAAAUCUGCUCAUCAUAUCCAAUUGAACAUCCCUAUCAUACGCACAUAAGCCGUGGCGCCAUGUUUCCGGCCUUUACAUCACCUAAGGACCUCUACACCGGUGUUAAAGCUCGCACCCAGCAGCCUUUUCCUCCUACAUUGCCAACCAAGACCUAUGAUUCAACAAUUCUCAAGACAAGAGGGAACCCUUACAGAUAUGAACUACUUGAUCUUCCCACGGAUUCAAAGAAAAAGGCAUUGACUUGGCCAGGUCAGAGUGUAUAUUAUGAUUUUCCUAAAUGUGUUGAGAAAAACAAGCCAGUAUUCUACCCCAAGCCUCCUAAAACCUUUGCUCCUAACUCAUCUGUGACUCCGUGGGAUACUAUGACCUCUGCAAAGGAUGCCAAUAUACAGAGAAAUCUUGAGCGUUCUCACUGGCUCACUUCAUACACUCAUGAUUUUACAGGUCUAGGUCCUAUGAGCCCCCUUGAGCUGGAUGAUUACCGUGAGAAGGAGCUAGCAGAACUAACUGGACAGAUAGGAUUUGACCCACAGCCUCAAGAAAAAUUCCAUCCUUCCUUAAAACCUCCUAGACCUUUGGAUGGUAGAAUUGCCCGACUUAUUCAGAACCAACGACCUCUGGAGGCUACGGUGCAAAUACCACCUUCCUGUCCAGACUGUACCCCAAGAGUUUUGUGUGCUUUUCAUACAUUCAUACCCAGUUCUGCAGAAAUGAUGGCAAUGAAUGAUCACCUCCUGUCUGGACUAACCCAUAAAAACCAGAAUAUUGAAGACAAGAUUAAGGAAGAACAACGCUUGUUGUCUACCUAUGCACUCCCAUCGAGUUAUGAAUCAAAAGACAUGGGUAGUCUUUUUGACCUACACUCCCUUCCAAAGAUCACAGACACCAAAAAGUCAGAUGAUUUGUACUGGAGGCAGCUGGACGUGAAGCCCCUACCCAUAGCCCGCUCUAAGUCAAACCAUUACAUUGAUUAUGAACCACAUAAGUCCACCUACCGUGACCCAUAUGCUAUGUGUCUAAACCCUGUUCGCCUCAGUAAGUCUAAUAUUCUACAAAACAAAACAGAUAUGGCUGAUCUCACUUUUGACAACUAUUUAAGAAAACCAGAGUUUUUGGGCACAGACAUAGAAAGCAGUGAUGAAACAAGACCUCUCUUGAAUUGGAUUUCUCGAGCUGGCGUGCCCAAGCAUCAUACCAACUUUCGAGAUUUUAAGAACUCAUUUUCAAGGUCCAUGGCACAUAAACGUUUGCAUAACUCCAUUCAAGAAGAACAAAAAGACCUCAGAGAUAAAUUGCAGUGUGGGAUGAGACAUCAGUUUUAUGGCCACAAUAGCCAUUAUUUCUAUAAUUGAGAUAUUCCCUUGAAACCCAGCCUCUUGCAAGAAAAUAAAAUAUGUCAUAGAGUGCCCUGCA